UUUCCCCUUCUCCCAAACACCGUUUUUCAUUUGCCUGCAACUCUCCAAUUUUGCAUUUUGUUUCUCUGAAACACAAACAUACUCAAAGGUCGAAACUUUGAGAGGUUCAAAGUGAAUAAAAGCAUAGCAUGUUUUACUCAAAGUGCCUCUUAUCAAGUAAAGGGCGUUUGGGCUCUAUAUGGGUUGCUGCUUAUUGUUUCAAAAGGCUCAAAAAGUCCCAGGUGACUGAAACCGACAUUUCUGCCUCUGUUGAUAAAAUUUUGGAGGAUGAUUGGGAUGUCAUCGCAUAUAGGGUACUGGCCUACCUUCUUCUUGGUGUUGUUCGAAUAUACUCAAAAAAAGUUGAAUACCUUUUCGAUGACUGCCAUGUUGUGCUAACUGAAAUCAACAAGUUUGUUGUUAGCACAAAAGAGAAGGAAGACACAGAUACGCUUCGUGCGCCUUAUGAUGCUGUUACCCUACCAGAGAGGUUUGAACUUGAUGCGUUUGACUUGGGGAUCCUUGAAGAUGUCUGUGGAGGUAAUGUAUUAUCCUACGAAGCUAUCACACUUAAAGAUUGUCCAAAGGGAAAUGCCGGACAAAUUUCCUCAGAUAUGUAUGAUUAUGAGGAAUUUGGUGCCUGCCAUGGUAUCUUUUCUGCCAAUUACAUUCCAGUCAGAGAUGUACUUUUGUCGGAUGGGAUGGAUUUGGAUAUGGAGUUAAGGGUGCCUAGUAAUGAAGACAACCCAGAUUUGAACAUGGAGAAUCCUCGAGACAGUAGGUUCUUUCAAGAAGAAACUAAUGUUUUUCAGUUAAAGGUUCCAGAUUUAGCAUUGCCUGAAGAUGGGACUGAAGGAGAAGCAAGGCACGACAAGCCUCCAGAUCUUAUGUCCGAGGAAAAGGGUUUGAACCAUGAUACAUUUUGUGGCAUUGAAGAAGAGCUAUUAAACCAAGUUGAACCAGUUGGUGAAAAUCAAGAAACUAUUGAGGAGCAAAUAAGGGCACCUGCUAUAAUCCAGUUUUCUGAUGGAAUUCAAGAAGAAGCAAGCCUGAAACCUUCCUUUCAUGUUAGAUCAUCCCGUCAUGGUCACCAAAUUAAUCAAGAGGAGAUUAAUGUGCAAUUAGCAAAUCAAAUGUAUUCACUUAGGGCUGAUGAUAGCAAUCCAAGCAAUUCCGAAACUGACGGGGAAAACCUGAAAAGUCGUACAUCUUCUCAGGAAGAGAACAUGGACCUUGAUAAGUCUCAUGACUUCAAGAAACCUCGAAAACCUGUUUUGUCAUCUGAGGAAGAGAAUAAUAAAGAUGGAGAGCCAACAAAGCUACGUGACACUAUUCGGCCGGAUAAUAUGAAUGGUCAAUUUACUGCGAGAAGAGAUUCAGAGGCUUUAGGUGUUACUACACCAAAAUUAAGGAGGGUUAUCCCCACACCAACUAUUAGGAAGGCUGCUCAAAUUUCUAGGAAAAGGAAAAGGAAAUGUACAUUUGAUGAUAUGACAGUGCUGCCUAAUGCAGUAAUCAAGCAAAGCAUAAAUGAUGCGAGUGACCUGGUAUCAAAGAGAAGAAAGGUUCCUGAAACUGCCCUUGCUGUCUGGAGAACCUGUCAGAUUAUAAACCUACCCCGAAGUUUCUUGGAACCAUCUCUACCUUGUGUCUUGGACGAGCUUAAGUCCCUCUUCCACAAAAGCAUAAUAGAAUCUGCUGAAACUGCGGAACCUCCAGCAAACCUAAAGGUGUUGGAACGUCCAAGUAAUGGAAGACCUGAAAAAGUAGAAAUUGCAUCGCGGCCGCCUGUCCUUGAGCAUAUAGAAAUUGAGCCUGGAACAUCUAUCCUUUGGGAAACAGAAAUUGCACCAGGAACCCCUGUCCUUCACUCUACAUCAAUGAAAUCAUUCAAUAGUCCAAGGAGCCCUGAAGCUCAUGAUAGGGAUAUACCUGAGCCAUCUGGAAGGAUAGAGGAAGAGCCAUUGAUGGGAAAUGAACAAGCUUACCCAUCUGAAAGUGUAGAAGUGCCAUCUUUGGACAGGGAUCAGGAGCAUGAUUUCAAUUUAUUGAAUGAGGGGUCUAAUUUAUGCGAUGAAGUUAACCCUGAACUCGAUGGGUGGUCAAAAAGAACCAGAGUGGUUGCAAGGUACUUGCAUAGACAAUUCAGCAAUUGUAAAAGUCGGGGAGAGGAAGAAGUGAACUUGCUGAAGGUUUCAGAAGGAAAAACCAAGAAAGAAAAUGCAAGGUUGUUUUAUGAGACACUGGUGUUGAAAACCAAUGGGUAUGUGGAUGUGAAACAAGAUGAAGCAUAUGGUAACAUUCUACUCCGGAAACUCGACAAAUGGGAUCAAACGUGGGGAGACGAUGGAGUCAAUAGAGACGCCUUCUAACCUAUGGUAUCAUGUGCAUAG